AUGGAUGGCUGUGUCCCCCGCUGCAGCCACCUCUGGUGCCGUGCUCAAACGGAUGGCUGCGCUGUUUUGACCACCUGCAGGUAUUCAUCCUCUUCAUCCACUUGGACAAACACAUAAUACCGCUCCAGCAGCUGGACUGCAGCUAAAUCCCCUAAUAUAGCAACCUAGGCCACUGGACCUAUUCUCCGGGAUGUCAGUAAGCUCCACAAACAGCACCCAGGUCUCCAUAGUCCAUAGAGAAUAUCCCUCCCGUGAGCCGGGUAGAAAUGGUUUCCCGAUUACAUACUGGAUCGCUCAGCAUACCCGCCCUGCUCUUGGAGCCAUUCAUUCAUCUACAGCCCUGAGGUUGGUUCACUCUUCCUCACCUUUGCUAGUCACAUUUACCGCCUGCCCUGCGUCACUGCCCUCUGGCUUAUCAAGCCUCCUCCGAACGAUCAGCGAACCCAUCCGGCCCACAGCACCGCACUCUCCCAGCCUGACGACGCCGUGAUCGCGGUUCUAAAUCCGAGCAACGACUACAAGACUUGUGUUCUCAGUGGACUCAGUCCCAGUUCCACAAUAGAAAUCCGCACUCGUGUUCUCACCCUC